AUGGCAGAUGUUGUUUUCAUGAAGAGAUCAACGGCUCUUGAUAAAAAUUCCAAAGCUCUCUUUACCAGUCGUGUAUUUGAUAGAGUCCUAUCUCAAGAAACCAGAGGAGAACUCAGACAGUUGGUAAACUUAUCAUGGCGACCAACUCUCACAAAUGUCUUGCAUAGUAGCUUAUUUACCACCAGCCUCCUCUUUGCCGGGAGAUUAGGCGAACAAGAGCUAGCAGCAACAGUUUUAUCGACGUCCUUUAUUGGAGUUACCGGAACAUUUCUUGGAUCUGGUUUAAUCACUGCUUUGGAAGUUUUAUGUACGCAGGCGUUUCGAAACAGAAGUUACCGACUUGUGGGGAUAACGUUUCAGAGAGGCGUGUGGCUGCUGGGGAUUUCUGUUCUGUUUGUCUGGGCCAUUUGGACAAAUGCAAAACCGCUGCUGUUGAUAAUCAAACAGAAAAGAGAGGUAGUCAGACUCUCGCAACUGUUUGUCUUCGUUUGGUUUCCAGCUGUGGCAGCAGAUUUUGCGUUCGCUUUGAUUCAGAGAUAUCUCCAGAUACAGGGUGUUUUCAAGCCCAUGAUUUACAUCGUUUCUAUGGCAAAUAUUUUGCACCUUGGGAUCAACUUUAUCUUGAUUCAUGGAUUGAAAAUUGGUUUCCUGGGCGUGGCCCUGGCAUCAAGCCUGACACAUUGUCUGUUUCUUGGUGUCUCCUCAUUUCUUUACCUCUUUUGCUCAAAGCUUUACCAGAGAACCUGGCCGUCAGAAGGCUGGACCAGAGAAAGCCUGCAGCAGUGGGGUCAGUUCAUCAUGUUGGCUGCACCAGGUAUACUUAUGCUAUGUAAUGAAUGGUGGAGCUUUGUUGUGGGGAUUUUUCUUAUGGGAACGCUUGGGCAAAAGCAACUGGCGGUCCAUGGUAUAUUGAUGCAGUUUACAAGUUUUGUGUAUAUGAUUGCUGUAGGUUUUUCGUUAGCUGUUACUGAUCGAGUCAGGAACGAAUUACGGAGAGGUGACCACACCAGAGCAAAACACGUUGCAAAAGUUUCUCUUGUGGCAGUUAGCUGCUUUUCCUUUGUAAUGUUGGUGUUUUUCAAUGGUCUAAACGAACAUCUCGGGAAAGCCUUCACAGACGACAGGCUUAUCGCAAGUUUUGUCAGAAAAGUCACUCCAGCUAUGACAGGAUUUUCAUUUUUCCAAAGUCUACAAGUCAUAUGUUGUGGCAUCAUUCGAGGUAUCGGUCGUGUAAAGCUCGCUGUUUUCUUAAACUUCUUUUUUCACUUCUUUGUUUCCGUGCCUUUGGGAUCAUGUUUCGCCUUCUACGUCUUUAAAGAAGAAGUUGAAGGUUUCUGGUGGGGUCUUACGACAGGACUCAGUCUACAGUGUCUCCUCUUCAUUGGUUUAAUCUGGAGGAUAGAUUGGGAAUUAUAUGUUAGGAAGGUCCGUCGCAGUUUGACUCGACAACUACCUAAGGCACCUCUCGGUCGGAACACUGGAACUGAACAAGAAGAUGAAGAGAAUCUCAUUGUUACCUGGCUCUCCAGAACCUCGUCGCUAUUUUCAGUCAACACCAACAGCUUAAGAGAAUUCAGUAAUCCAUCAAACCCUGUCAUGUCCUGGAUCUACCGCUCGUCGUCGCUUCUCAGUCUCAAUACCAUUCCGCUUAGGGCCAUGAACACGGACCAAGAGCUAGUCCUUCUCGAGGAUGGGCCUUUCCGACACGAUUGCUCAGUCGUAUCCAAGACACGUAUUAGCGUCCAUGGAAACAAGCUGACGUCAAAGGAGAAGUGCAGGUUAAUCCUGUCUAGACUGGUAUGGUUGGUGUUGGCGGUUUUUGUGUUGCUGACCGCCAUAGUUGUGCGAGUUAGAAUCCCAGCACCAGAAGAACAGGAACAGGAAAUGCUGAGGGAUUCCAGUCUCACGGAGUUAUUGAUAAAUUCAACGAGAAGCUAAGUCGAAACGACAAAUUAUGGCAAUUUACCGCCAAAUACCGUGUCGUUACGUUGAGCAGAGACCCGUCCAUUCUAGUUACUUGAAACUUUUUCAUUUUUUUCUAUUAAACACAACCUCCCAUAAGACUGACCAGACCCUCACUAGCCGGUUGACUCGACCAUUCAAAUGUUCUGUGGUCUUUGAUAAAAGGCUUAAGUUAAACUCAACUUUCCUGACACUGUAACCGAACAUGCGGAAAAUUUUCAA